UAUGAAAUAAUUUAUCACGAUCACAGUGACAUUUGCUAGACAGCUUUCCGCGUGUAGCUUGUUUAUAUCUCGCGAGUUCUCGUGUGACAGCGGCCAUGUUGGAGAUCUUUGGUUACAUAGGACGCUAAAUUAUUGUAAACAUGUGGAUGUGUUCUUCUUUAAUGACGAAUCCUUUCCUGGUGUAAGCCCCGUAAAUUAAUAAACAUGUGAAUUACGAAGUAAUUUUCACUAUAUCUAGCUUAAACAUCCACGAAAAUGCCAUGUUCAUGGCAAAAAGAGGAUUAUUUUUCGCUCUUAAUGAGCACGGACAAAAAAUCGUUCUCAGCUCUGGAAAUGCUUGUUGAUGACUUGCAUGCUGACAAAGAAAAGACCGUCAACAAAUUUCUCUGCCACUCUGGAUCAGAAGACUUUCUCUGGGGCCUAGUUCGGUUACUGGGAAAUGACACCGCACGAGUGGCUGGCAAUGCAGCCUACAUUUUGGGCACACUCGCAGAGUCAGAGAUCGGCUGUGCAAGAGUUCUCUCCCUUGUGAACAGCCGAUCAACGGAGAGCAAGAAGAUAUUGCCCAACCUCACUCGCAUGCUCACCUUUGAUGACUCUGAGAGUGUAAUGAACGCGGCUGGAACCAUGGGAACCCUUGCUGAAAGCCACGAAGGUCGUGAAUGGAUCUUGUCAGAGCCCUGUCUUCCCCAGACUUUGGAGCACAUAACGGCACUGCUGCAUUCUGAAAACCUUUGGACAGCCAGCAACGCUGCACUUGUUCUUGCCAGACUGAGUAUUUCAGAGAUGGGAUGUACACGCAUUCUGGAACACGAACAUUCGACCCAUAUCUUGUCAAAACUCAUCUUGUCGCUAGGCGUUGAUGAAGCUGGUCGAGGGAUGAACGCAGCGUUUGCAAUAGGGCGUCUGUGUGACCUGGAUCAGGGGAGGAAGCGUCUUCUGCAGCUCAGUGACAGCGAAAGAAUGAUUUCAUCCCUCGCCAAAAUGCUGAGCUGUGAUGACACUGGGGCGAGCAAAAACGCCUGCUUUGCGCUCAGUUGCCUAGCAACGAACGUUGAAGGUCAUUCUCGGCUGCUAGGGAACACACAUUCAGAGGAGAUUCUUAAGACGUUGGCGACCCUACUGAAUGCUCAAGAUUCAGAGACCGGAUGGUUUGCUGCUAUGACUCUGAGAACGUUGGCUAGUCAACCAAAGGGCUGCCUCAGACUUCGAGAGCAUCCACAAGUCAUCUCCGGAUUGAAAAGUAUAGAGGUGAAGGAAGAUGUGAAUCCUGAUCUGAAGGAAGAAGCCAUUAUCACACUAGAAAUACUGAAAAGAUUACCAAAACCUAGUCCACCUGUCAUAUUGACAAUAUCCUCUAACAGUAUUCAUGUUACCUGGGACCCCAUAGUGACCAAGAGUGGUUUCCAAGUACGCUACCAGCUGUUUGACAGCACAAAAUGUGUUUACACAGGCAAGCAGUGUGAAUGUGAUGUCGUAGGCCUCCUACCCAACACAGUAUACGUGUACAAACUACGGGCUUACACAGAAGGGGAUGAAAGUCCAUUCAGCGAUUGCGUCUCCAUUAUUACGGAAGAAUCAGUGCCAGGGCCACCCCAGAGUGUUCGUGUUUUGGGAACCACUAUUACUCAGCUAAAAAUAGGCUGGGAUUCCCCCUCAGAAAUUAACGGCACCCUGAAAGGGUACUACAUAUUUUUAGAUGACAAAGAAGUCCAGCACACUUUGGAGAAUACAAUAAUUCUUACCAGUCUAUCACCCAACACAAGCUAUGAAGUUGAGGUGUGUGCAGCCACCAGUAAAGGUCGGGGAGAGAAGGCUGGGUGCUCUGCUGUCACCGCGGAGAUGGGGGCCCAUGCUCCAUCCAAACCCCACAUAAAUGUGGUGGGUCGCAAUGAGUUGUACGUGUCAUGGGGCCCACCAGAGGUCCCGCUUGGUCGACUCAACCGUUACGACGUGAUCAUGAACGACAAGAUCAUCUACUCAGGCAAUGACUUGAAUCUUCCCGUGCGGAGACUCACACCUGAUACCGAAUACAGCUUUGUGAUUGUAGCCCUAACCAGUGAUGGCAAGUUUGAGAGCAAGAUUGCUAAAAAGAGAACUGCAAAAGAUGAAUAUGACCCAGCCAGGGCACCACUCUAUCAGACCCCAAAGAAAGAAGUCCCUGAGGAGGGUUUGAAAUUACCCCAAAGUACACCAACAACUCAAAAGAAACGAAAGUCUAGUGCUGGACGAAUUUCUAGUGCCAAACAAUCCUCAAAGCGUGCUGGUACGGGUAAAGAAAGGGUAAAAAGCAGCUCAGCCCCUGUAGAUCCAAGACCCAGUUCAGCUUUCUUGUACACUCAUGUGGCCAGUAGCAUAACGUCGAUAAAAGAGGUCCCUUCGCCGCGAGUUCCUCUUGAGAAACAAGAAAAACCUCAGUCAGAAAGUCCGCCCACCUCAGUGGAACAGAGCCCAGUCCAGAGUACCACACCCAGUCUGGCAGGGAGACCAGUGGCCGAGAUAAAAAUAGAAUCUCCAGUGAAACCAAGAACACCUCGAUUGCACCACAAAAUGGAUCGAAGUGCGACCAGUCUUAGUAUUCAACAGCGAGUAGCUUUGAGUACCGUCUCAAUGCAGAACAGUGCAAAACCAGAUAAUAGUGCUGACACCUCAAAGCCCUUAGAGUCCAGUAUUAGCACCAAAAAACUUGGAAAUAAAGAGACGCCUAUUAUCAAUAACUUAACUAAGAUUGAAAGGUCAAAAACUUCUUUAAAUAGUACUAGGAAAGGAAAAUACUCAAGUUCUCCCAUUCAGAAAAGUGAAAGUGAAACUAAACUUUUGUUCACUAGUUCACUGGGUCAGGAUAUUUCAGAGGGCACUAAGGUCGAAGAAAGGUCAAGACCAAAUACUAAUGACCGGGACCAGAAUUUCUCCGUAAAUAGUUACCAAAAAUCCAAACUCGAGUUUGAAACAAGUAAUAGCGCUAACCCUGUAAUUAAAAUAUCUGAAACUCCGACCCAUUUAAAUAAAGCAGAAAGAGAGAGAACGCGGGAAAAGUCAAACAAAGGUCAAGCGAACGGAAAUAGGUCAAGUUCAGAAAGGUUACGUGGCUCCAGAGAUACUGUCUUGCCAAAACCGUUACCACCUAGUCAGCAGUAUUUGUUGGAACCAGGUCAAGGUCAAAUUGAGGCAUCGUGGAAGGAGAAAAUAGCUGCCAGUCACAAAACGGCAAAGGAUGUAUUGGACUCUGAUUGGCUAACUCAAGUUAAAAGUGUAUCAGAGAGUUAUUCCCGCCCUUUUGCAAAUAAUCCCACUUUUACCGAGACCGCCGACAGCACUUAUUAUAUCGACCAAUCACAACUGUUCCUUCAGCGGACUAACACCUAUAUGAACUCCCACAGCAGACACAACACACUAGCGCCAUUGCAGCGUAAGAGUACAGAACCUUUGGCUCGUCAAACCUUGCCCCACAAUGCCCCCCUCACUCCCAUACGGGAAAAUAGCAAUAAGUCUGAAAUCAGGCCCACAGUAGGAAGGCGGUCCCUAGAAAAGCUUCAGAAAUCAACUUCAAACUCUAAGGUCUCCUUUCCUACAAAGACCGGACAGUUUGACAUUGACAUCAUCCAGGAACCUUCCUCCUCAAAACUCGCCAACAAGUUCAUCCCGAUGCAGCUGAGAACUCAGCCCUCCAACCUCGGACUGGGCCAUCUACAGCGUGUGAAUACAACCCUGCUGAGUGAUGUGGCAGGCAACAACAGCAUAUCAUUUCGCCGUGUGGAGGCAAUGACCCGCAGUCAGACACUGAUGGACAUGAGACAUUCCAACCCUGGUGUGCAGGCUAACAGCAGCAUUCCCGCUGAGAACCGGCGCGACCUGAUGGUUCCUGUAAAAGAAAGGGAGUCCAGUAGGGGCCGCAGGGCUAGCGGUGGUUCACCCAGCAAGGUCCACAAACUGGGGGAGUCCCCUUCAGGUCGGGCCCAGCGUAUGGGGGAACCAGACUCUGUGCUCCUACAGCAGUCUUGGGGAUUCAACAGCGCACCGGAUAUAGGAGCCUUACAGAAUGUCCGAUAGAUUGGAGCUGAAUCAGUAUUUUUAUACUAAGUUUAAGACAAAUUAGCUAUUAAGAAACUGUUCAAAGUAUUUGAAAACCACACUCUGUGGUCCUUUGGAAAAUUGACAUGUGAUAUAGAAGCCUUGCAAAACAUCUGCAGCCAAUUGUAUAAAUCUGGAUAUGUCUUAUCAAGUGGAUAACUUUUGGUUAUCUUCAGUUUCAUUUUUUGUGGUAAGCGAUUGUAUAAAAACAUAGAUAUCCAAAUAGGUGCAGGUUUUUGAUACGUUUUGAAAGGUGUUUGACUUCGUUUAUCUUUAUUUCAAAAAUCUUUUGGAUUGCAUAAAGUAAUCCAUAUUUAUAAAAUUGGCUACUUAUAGUUUGGAGAGCUGCAUCAGUGACCUUGACCUCUCAGAUACGGACUCUGCCUCAUUUGUAGUCCCUUAGUAAAUCAAAAUGAAUUUAAGACUUUUCUGACUUCAUGUACAUUCAAGUUUUAAAGCCUUCAUUUCCAACCCUUAGAUACUGAUGAGCAGCAAACAGCAUAACACGUGAACAGACUGAGUGACUCGCAGGCUGUUCUGGUUUAAUGCUGGUUGCAUAUAACCAUUUUUUCUUUGUUUCGGAGUGCUUAAGGUUUAAAACAUUGUUCAAGACAUUCAAGUAUUUUAAAACAUGGUUUUUAAGUCCUUUGGAAGAUUGUGAGUUUCUACUUAUUUUGUUUGCCUUGAAAAAAAAAUCAUAUGGACAGCCUUUGCAUCAGUCUACACAGGAGGAUUUAGAUCUAGCAAAUUAAUUUUACACAGAUACUAAUACAACAUUUUAAAAUGAAGUUUUAAUGAUUAAACAAUCUUAGCAAUGAUUCCAAUUCCUUGAAGGACUUUACAGUUGUUUUAGAUGGACAUAAUUACAAAUGUAGUAUUAUGCAGUAGGCAAUUAAUUUCUGAGAAUAUGCGGGUACUGGUUUUACAUUAAUUUUCUAUUAUUUGAACAAUUUUGUUUGUGCUUCUACAAAAGUCAUAUUGAUGUAACGACUUUCCUGCAACCCUAAGUGUAACAUUUAAAUAUGUCUUAUUAAAUUAUUUUUACUCUGACAUUUAGCAUUAUUUUAUUCAGAACUUGCAAGAUGUCUUUGAAUAUCAACACACAUCGCCCUGACCUCAUUUUGACCCUGACAAUGAGCUUAUAUCAUACUGUUUUGUAAUCGGCCAAUGAGAAGGUUCUAACAAGGCCUCUAUCAGAGAUCAUCUUAUUGAGUGCAGCCUCUUUUUUUGAUAAUGUUAGAUUUAAGAUUCAACACUGGAACCUGUUUUAGCCGCAUAGGUUUUUUGUUGUUGGUAAGAUGUAUAUACCCUCUGAAAUACUCUGUUGUUCAAACCACAAGGACACUUAGUGUUAUGUGACCUAACCUCACUUCACAAACUUCUCAGCUUUGAAAGUUUGCAUGUAGGGGCCUUUGUUUUCCUGGUAUUUGAGAUUGUAUUUGUUUAUCAAGUGUGACAUGAUAUUUAGGCAAUUUAAUUGCUUUGAAAAUGUGCUGUAUUUUGUUCAUAAAAAGAAUUUGUUUUCAUUUUGUUAAGUGAUCUUUGUUGACUUGCUCUAUUAAAUGCUGCAUUUUAAAUGUUUCUAUUAAGUAUCUCAUUAAAAGUUUAUCUGCUUUAUGUAUGUACAUUUCAUCCACAGCAUAGAUACUGUUCCGAUGGAAAUAUGAAGUAUGUUUAUGUACGGGAUUCAUGAUUAUUAUGCUACUAAAUGUGAAAUCAAUGUGUGGGCAUUUACAACGUGUUGUGCAUGUAAAGUGUGCAUGAUGAAAUGGGGAAGGCUAGUUUACUUGACUUGAAAGUAAAACUGUGCCUGUUAUUUGAUUUUAGUUUCGAUGUGCUUUUUAUACUUUUCUAUUUAUUAUAAAUAUUUUUUAAUAUAUGUAUUUGUGAUAUGUUUUAUUGCUCAUCUUUCAUUAUUACACUGAAAAUAAAAAAUUGACAUUUAAAACAAAUAAAAUGAGUGAAUGUGUUAUGUGUUAUAUGGGGCAACAAAGUCUGAUAUGUAACAGGCUUAAGAAUAUUGAACCAGCGUUAUGAUAUUAAUAUCUCAAAAGUUGUAUAAUUUAGCAUUACACAAGUUAGAGUAUGACAUACUUUUCUACAUACUUGCAUUAAACCUAUUUGUCCAUGACAAUCUGACACCUCAUUGAUGCGGGUAUGUUUUCAUGGUCAUGCAUAUUCAAAUGAAGUUAUGAAAAUAUGUGUAAUUAUUUUGCACAAUAUAUCUCAUAAACAACGUUCUGAUGGAAAAAUAUAUUUGUAAGUAUUUCAGUUUGGAUGUUUAAAAAAAAAUUUGCUUAAAAAAAGUUUUGUUGAUCAUUAAGUAAGCUAUGAUAAUUAUUUAAAUAUUUGAUUUGAACACCGGCUUGUAUCAUAGUGUAUUUUGCAUGACACAUGUUU